AUGGAAGACCCCGACAUUUUCUGCGACAUCAGCCGGAUGCACCAAAAGCAAAUCACGAUUCACGCUGGGGACGAGGGUCUGGCGGAGACGGGGCGCGUCUUGUAUGUGGAGCCAGACUGGACGACGGACGAUCUGCUGCAGGCCGCGGGCAGGCGGCUAGACCUGGUCUCAACCCCGAAGAGGAUGUUCAAUUGCAAUGGUGAGGGCGUGAAGCUUCUUGAAUGCGUUAUAGCCAAGUGCCUACACGGCGACGUACUGCUGCAUUGGGGGGUUGUGCUGGGAGGCAUGGAGGUGGCCGACGUUAUGAUGAUCGAAGAUCGCGAGGUGAUAUUCUUCACGCAGGGUGGGGACUACGUGGCGCCGCUGUUGGCCGACGGGGACGAUGCGGACGGCGGCGGCUCAACCUCCGGCCUGCCUGCCGUGGUCGGUGCCUACAAGGUGAACGAGUUUCUGGGCAAGGGCGGCUUCGGAGAGGUGAGGGUCGGCGAGCACCAGCUCACAGGGGAGCGGGUAGCGCUGAAGUUCUUGAGGAAGAGCGCCAUCGCGGACAUGGGGGCGGCGGAGCGGACCACCACCGAGAUUCAGUGCCUCACGGCGCUGAAGCACCCGAACAUCAUACGCCUCGUGCAGCACAUCAACUCCUCGCAGAACGUCAUCAUGGUGUUUGAGCUGGCGGAAGGGGGUGACCUUUACCAGUUUCUCUGUGGAGCACCCGGGCAGCGUGUGGACGAGGAGGAAGGGAGGGCGGUCUUCCGGCAGAUCGUUAGCGGGGUGGGGUACGCGCACAACCAGCACAUCUGCCACCGCGACAUGAAGCUGGACAACGUCUUGCUUUCUCGCCCGGGCUGUCUGAAAGAGGUGAAGCUCGCUGACUUCGGGCUCAGCGACUUCUACCGCCCCGGCGCGACGAUGCGCACCAACUGCGGGUCGAUUUCCUACCUUGCGCCUGAGGUGUUUCGGGGAACGUCGAACGCCGGGCCUCCGCUAGACGUGUGGUCCAUCGGGGUGAUUCUGUUCGCGUUGUUGUGCGGGCGCCUGCCCUUCGAGGGGAGCGAUUUGCAGGGCACGAACCGACCACGAGAAGCAGCCAUCCGGCGCCGGAUCAUGGAGUGUCGAUACAAGCCUGCGGAGUCGCUUUCGCCAGAGGCUAAGGUGGCGAGAGGAACGAGGGGAAAAACAAUGUUUCAGGCAAAGGAUCUGCUGAGGAGGAUGCUGAAGCUGGACCCCAACGAGCGCGCGUCGAUCCCCGAGAUCUUCAACCACAGCUGGCUUCGGUUUCGAAAUGUCACAUCGCUCGACAACCAGGUUAUCGACUGGGUCACGCGGGGAUACGGGGGGGUCGAACAGCCCGCGGCUGUUGGCCCCGUUAUUGACGAGGUCGGGCACCCCGCCAGACUGCAAGGCGCCCGCCUCGCCACGAAGGUCGGCGCCGGCGUCUCCUCGCCGCUCGCAGAUCGUGCUCGAUCCUCUGGAGCCCAAGUCGCCCGGGUGUUCCGCGUGAUGCGGAAGCGAUGGGGGGAUUCGGGGGCGCUGCUGGCCCCGCAGAGUGCAAGAUGUCGUUGGGACAUCGAGGAGGAGGUGGAGAAGGACGAGGGGCAUCUGGUCAUGGUAGGGGGGGUGGGGGCAUCGACGGCGACGGGGCCGGCCGAUUUUACUCUCCGCACACGCGGAAGCGACAGCAGCGGCGACGAGUCGCACAACUCAAGAGUCGGACGAGGUGGGCGUGGGCGGGACUUUACGCUGACGAUGCACUCGGUUCGGGGCAGCCCCAACGGUGGCUCGGCGCACCCGGGGGGCGGGGGCGGCGGCGACGGCGGCGGUGGCGGCGAUGGCGGGAUAACGAAGCCAAUGAUUCGCAUGAACUCUCGCCUCGGUGCGACCCAUCCUGCCCGUUGCAAGACCCUGUCCGGUCUCGGCGGUGUCUCGUCGACCACUAUCAACGUCACGUCGGGCGGGGCCGUCGCUGUAUCUGGUGGUGGUGGAGGAAGCAUUACGGGAGGAGCAGGAAGUGGGGGAAGCGGCGGCGGCGGCGGCGGGGGCAAAAUCCGAAGCCGUACGGGCGUGAUGAAGUCGAGAACGAUGGACCUCAGCCACCACCUCUCGCAGCCGGCAGCGACGGCCGGCGAGCAGAGGUCGCAAGCCCCGUCAAGAUCUGUGUCGCCACUGCCGUUUCAACACCACGGCAAGCACGAACACCGACGGCGGGGAACGGUCCGUCAACGAACGUGGUCGCCAAGCGAAGCGGCGGCGGCGGCGACGCAACAACAAAGCGAUGAAGGCGAGACGUGGGGACAGGAAGCACCGGAGGGCGACAGACGGGACCAUGACGAGGAGAGAGACCAAGAGGGGCGUGAUGGGGACCGCGGCGGUGGCGGCGGUGGCGGCGACGGCCACCCAGGGGAGGAGAAGGGAACGGGCAUCCUGCCACCCCUGAGCCCGAGAAGCGCUACGGACACCGACCCCUACCGAAACGACGGGGGUCACGACAGCGGUAGUAGGCCCGCGCGACAUCGUACGGGUAGCAGCCCGCGCGGCGACGGGAGUGGGAGGCAUCGAGAUCACCACCAACAGCGGGAAGGACGAAAGUCUCGUAGAGAAAGUGGGAGCGGCAGUGGGAGUGAUAACUCGCCCCCUUAUCAACCUUCAAUGAGGCCCACAACGUCUCCCCCCAGCACCCCGGGCGGCGGCAACAGUAGAAGUAGAGGCGGAGGGGGUGAGUGGCGCGGCAGCUGGCAGGGUUGGGGCGGCUCCUGGGAUGGGAAAGAGGGAGAAGACGAAGACGAUCGUAAUCGCCGCGAUCCCGGCCAUCUAUUGCCGCCGUCGUCCAAUAGUCCUUUGCUCCGUGAAAAGCAGAGAGACUCCGUUGGCGAUAGCGGUGCAAACAGGAGAGACGGAGAGCACGAGAACGACGUUAGUUACGGGCGCCAAGGACCAUCCUCGCCCUCAAGGCUGCGCAAGUCUUCCUCCGAGGGAUUGAAGCUCCCGCAAUCACCGAGCCUCCAGCCAGGUGCGGAGAAGCUAGGGACAGCGGAGGGGCGUGGAGCGGCCAACAAAGGCAUCGCCCGUAAUAAUAACCUCAAGCGAUCUGUCACAACGCUAACCGUAGGCGCAACCUCAGCAGCACGAUCAGCAACAACAGGAGGCACCGAGCGAAGAAGUAGAGGUGACGAAGAUGAACGACAAGAUCGCAACGACGAGCGACCUGACGACGCGAAUGGCGCCGCGAAUAGCAAUACCUCGAGCAGCGGGGUGUCGAUGUUGGCACCGAGUAUAACCAUGAGCGGAACUGGGAGGAUGGGCAACACCCAACGACCUCGCCGAAGUACUUUGUCUGCAACCGGCUCUGACGUGUCAUCCGAUGUGGCGAACGAGGGGUCGGAUGCUCAAGCGCCUGACAAAGCGGCGCGGUCGGAAGGAACACCGACGACAGCUUCUGCUGCCAAAAUUCCGCUUGUUCGGCGCACAAGAGGAGACUGCGAUCAGACGAAGGAGCGUGGGAACGAGGAGGAGGAGGAGGAGGAGGAGGAGGAAGAUGACCUGUUAACUAGAGGCCAGGAAUCGUGGGGAGUUGGCGGGGACUCAAAAGGGGAAGGAACUACGCCGCGGGACGUUUGA